AUGUCUUCGAACGGGGCGUUGCCGCAGACUCUCAAGUCCAUCACCGCCACAAAGAUCAAGGAACUUUCAAAACAACGCGUUAUCUUCGAUCAACACAAAAGGGAAAUCCUCGCCACUGCCGGUGAAGCAAAGGAUCUACGCAGUCGCGCCCAAGUUCUACUUGAUGGAAUCUCACGCCUGAAGGGAUAUCCAAAGGAAUUGCUCGACAGAGAUGACAGCGACCUCGAUGCUGAUUCUGGAGCACUGGAUGCCAACGAUGUGAUCUCUGGGUCGGGGGCAGGGCGGCUGCAACAGAACGACCAUGCAAACAUUCGUCGGUUUCUUCUGCAGAGUCGAUAUGACUCCUCCAUCUCACAGUCAUCAAUCCAGGCACGGGUCACUCAGCUUGAAACAGAUUUGCGGUUCCUAGAGAUCAAGCAUGAGCACGGAGCCUUCUACAGCAACUUGGUUACCGAGUGGCUGUCGGAGCUGGAUGAAAGCACCUCUUCCAAUCCCGAGGAGUCUAGUGCUGACCCUUCGCCCGCCUCUGACUCAAGCUUUGAGCCCGUCGGCCGAGCUGAGAUGCAUGAACAACGGGCCACUUGGGAGUCCCUAGUCUUCAAUGCUGCCACCCAUGUCAACGAAGAUGCUAUCCACGCCUACCUUUCAGACCUAUUCACCAGGACCAAACUUUCCCGACAGGCUUUCACAAAACUUCAAGCCUCCAUCCAGGCCUUUGGUGCAUAUCAACUCUCGAGGGGAUCAUGGCUCGAUGUCGAUGAGCUCCAGUGGGUUUCCGAGGCGCUGCUGAAAGCCGACCUCCUCAACGACCAAAAGGCCGCCAUUCUGAAGGAGUUCAUGCGAAACAAAGAGGUUGCCCAAGAAGUGGCCGAUGUGCUCAACAUGCGCCUUGCCUCGCUUGAGAGCUGGACCUGGACAACCAACGGAAAAGGAAUUCCCCUGGAUAUGCGCCGUCAGCUAAAUGGGAAAUACCGCUUCUACAUGGACGAAGACCUUCUCGAUGCCCUCUUGCUCCAGUAUAUUGGAACCAAAUGGGCUGUGACACUGCGUGCUGCUUUCGUCGAUCUAUUGGAGUCUCGUGAGUGGAAGCCUUUACGUGAGGAUAUCGCCGAUGAGCACAUCAAUCGCCGGAAGCACAGUCUUGGUCGCGACGGCAUCAAGACUACCGACAAGAUCAACGAUCUGCGGAGACAGACUUAUGUCAAUGAUUACUUCAUGACUCAACUUCCUACCUCGGAAGAGGAAGGAGCGAAGCAAUACGACGAAGAUGGAAAUGGCGAGUCUAGCAAUCCUUUGGACACUAAGCACUCCCUCCUUCAUCUCUUGAUCACAGAAUCCAUCAUUCAUAAACAUCAGCAUGGUGAGUUCACUGCCAUCCGAUCGGACUUUGAAUGGUUUGGACCUUCCAUGCCCCAUAGCACUGUGCUAGCUGUCCUGAAGUUCUUCGGGGUUUCGGAAACCUGGCUCAACUUUUUCGCGGUUUUCUUGGAGGCCCCCCUCAAGUUCUCUCAAGAUGGCGGUGAUGGGCCGGUCCAAACUCGCAAGCGCGGUCUUCCCAUGAGCCACACCCUGGGUGAUUGUUUCGGAGAGGUCAUCCUAUUCUGCAUGGACUAUGCUGUCAAUCAGCGCACGGAUGGUGCUUUCCUCUACCGUCUCCAUGACGACUUCUGGUUUUGGGGCGCGGAGCAGACUUGUGGUAAGGCCUGGAAAGCUAUGAAACAAUUUUCUCAGGUCAUGGGCCUCAAAUUCAACGAGGAGAAAACUGGCACAGUACGCAUGGGAAAUGCUGACAGAAAGCAAGCGCCGGGGCUUCCAGGUGGCGAAAUUCGAUGGGGUUUCCUGGUCCUCGACGCUUCCCAAGAACGAUUCAUCAUCGACCAGGCUCAGGUUGACCAGCACAUCGAGGAACUUUCACGACAGCUUUCUUCCUGCAAGAGUGUGUUUGCCUGGGUGCAGGCGUGGAACAGCUACUUCGGUCGGUUCUUCACCAACAACUUCGCUAAACCUGCCGUUUGCUUUGGUCGCAGUCACAUCGACAUGGCGAUUUCCACGUUGCAACGUAUCGAACAAACACUGUUUAACAAGGAGAACUCGAAAGAGGGAGUGUCUGGCGUUACUGAGCAUCUCCGCGCCGUGAUUGCAGAGCGAUUCGAUAUCCACAACCUCCCUGAUGGCUUCUUCUACUACCCCGUCGAACUGGGCGGCCUGGGCCUUCUGAAUCCUUUCAUCCGACUCCUCGCGAUGCGUGAAAACAUCAAAACCACGCCUCGAAAGCUACUACAGACAGCCUCCUUGGAGGAGGAGAUAGCAUACGAGGCAGCAAAGGAAAAGUCCAAGAAAAAUGGCGACAAGGACUUCAUAUCUUUUGAAGAGUAUAGCCGGUACCCUGAGACCUAUAGCGUCCCCCUUAGGAACGUGUACAAGAAGCUCAACGAAGUGCCAGACGAGAAGAACGUGUCCUUGACAUUGGGCUUUGGCAGGGAAAAGGAUUCCCUCGGAUGUGAAAUUUCCGCAAAGACCUCUAUCAAUAAAGACUGGGAUACAAUGACACCGUACUGGCGCUGGGUGGCGGAGUUGUACUACGAAGAGAUGGUCCAGACUUACGGUGGCCUUGCCGCGGUUAACCGCGAGUUUAUGCCUCUUGGUGUGGUGAAGACCCUGCGUGAAGGUCGGUUCAGAUGGCAAGGCUGA